CCUGCAUACGAUCAACUCUCAUUGGGACGUGGGACCUGACGACUCGAGUCAUUUUUGUUGUUAAUCAAAUUAAUCUCGUGUUGAUGCGAUAAAUUCUAUUAUGUAGUUUCGGUGGUUUUUUUCUUCGUUUCGAUAACGUCGCGUUAAUGUUAAUGAGAAUAGCUGCGAAAACGACGUUGUUUUAAAAUAAUUUCUUGUUGGUUUUGAAUUUUCGUAAUAGCUACUUUUGUGGAUUACUUUUUGCUGUUAGAUGACAAGUCAAGUACCUACCAACGUGCAGAUGCUACUCUUAUUGGUUUUACUUUUACAAUGGAGAGUGACAACUUGUACAUCAUCUCCAACUUUAGAAGACAACAUGCUGCCAACUGAUGAAGAAAUAGCGGAUUUGAUCAAUUCGUAUCACGGUCAACCCGAACAAGAGAUAGCUUUAAAUCUACCUACAGACGAAGAGGCUUUUAACGAAAUAAAGCCAAUACUUCAGGCUGGAAGUCCAUUUUAUUAUUUUGGAGACGGUUCUGGACAUUUUAUUUCGUCUUCUUUUCCGGAAAUAGACUCGAGAGGAUUUCACGAAUCUGUUUUCGACAAUUUCAACGAUUUUUAUCCACCAGUGCAUCGUGGAAAAAAGUACGACUCAUCGGUUUCCGUUAGCGCCAGAGGAUUUUACGGCGACGUAUUUACCGAUGGAUUCGGAUCAUUUCAUCCGGUGAAAAGAUUUUACAAGAACUCUGCUGCUCAAUCAAUUCCGGCUCGAGAUUUAUACCUGUCGAGCAGAUCGAACAGAAAGAAAAGAUCUGUUUUCAAAGAAGACACCGGUGAUAAAGCAACUGCAGUUAGCAGUAAAUUGUGUGCGACUAAUUGUACAUCCGAAGCAAAAUCAAGUCGACAAGAUGAUCGAGAAAAUGAUAAUUUCUGGAGAAUAUUCGUCGACCAAAGUCAAUAUAAUCAAUCGUCUGGCGAAACCAGACGAAGUAAACGUAGUCCUAGUCGUUUCGAUGAAAAAUACAAUUCUGAUUUUUGGAAAGAAUACGCCGAUAUGUUCGAGCCAUCGUUAAAAACUCGCUACUACAAACGUAAACCGGCAUCGAUACACGAAGACGCAUUCCGGUCAGGUUUCGGUGAUUUUGAGACUUUACGAAAACGUCGACCGGAAUCGGACGGCGAUGGUUUAGAACGAGGAGUUUUCAACGAAUUCGGUUCGUUUAAUACGUUAAAGAAACGAGUACCAGAGAUCAGCUCGUCAGGUUUUCACGGCGACGUCUUCAACGGAGGUUUCGGUAAUUUUGAAACAUUAAAGAAACGAGUACCGGAAGGAUUCCAUCACGGCGACGUAUUCAGCGGUGGUUUCGGUAGCUUCGAAACGCUCCGUAAGCGAGUUCCCGAAAGCGUUAACGGAGACGCUUUCAAUCGUGAUUUCGGUCAAUUCACGCCGUUGAAAAGACCAGAUUACAAAACACGUCACAAUUUCAACGGCGAUAAUGUAUUCGAUCAAGAUUUCGGAUACUUUGAUACGGUCAAGAGAAAACCAGAUUACGACGUCGACCGAUUCCUCAGCGAGAUCUCUAAACGUAAAAUGUCCUCCGAACUGGACGCCGAUACUUUUCAUAAAAGUUUCGGCGAUUUCGAACCGUUAAAGAAACGUAAGCCUUUAUCGUCCAUCAACGAAGACUCUUUCCAUCGUCAAUUCGGUGAUUUCGAAACACUACGAAAACGUCGUAAACUAGAGGACAUCUCCGGCGACGCCUUCCAUAGCAGUUUCGGCAACUUUAACACCAUGAAACGUAAACCGGACGUGUUUACAGGUGAUGCAUUUCACGGUAGUUUCGGCAGUUUCGCCACCUUAAAAAAACGAGUUCCUGAAAUUAAAUCGUCUGGAUUCCACGAAGACGUAUUUACCAACGGUUUUGGCAACGUUGAUCUUACCAAAAGGACCCAAAGACAAAUUCAAGAUUACCAGAUAUUCAAAAAUAUACUCAAUCAUUACACGCAGUCCGAAACUAAACCGUACAACCACACGGAUUCGUUACGUUUCAACGUUCAUUCCAAUUCAACGUUGGAUAAUUAACAAUGUAAAUCAAUUUUGACGAGGGUUUUUCUAAAAAUAAAAAACAAAUGUAAAUAGGUACCAAGUUUGCAGUUCAUUUUGUUUUUCUAUAUAAUUUUUAUGGGACAAUGCGAUCUUGAAUUCCAUCUGUGACUGUUCCUAAUUCUAAUACCACCUUUUUUUUUUAAAAAUACCUAAUUACUUUAUGCAUGUUAAUAAGUAUUCUUUUUUUCUUUGUUUUGAUUUUCCAAUAAGAUGAUGUUGUGAUGCGAUGGUCGAGUAAAUACUUUUAUGACAA